AAUGAACGAUGAAAAAGCUCUUAGAAUUACUGCAACGUCAACUCCGGUAGUUGUAGCAGUUGAUCCUCCAUCCUUUGAUCAAAUGCCUGAAACUGUUUUAUAUCCAGGCAUUAUAAAUCUAAGCAGGGAAGAAGCUAAUAAACUGAAAGAUGAAUCCAGAAAUUGUUUGAUUAUCUCGGUUAUUGCUUUUUUGAUAUUUCCCUUUUGGCCAUUCGGGAUUACUGCUGUUGUUUUCGCCUGGUACGCAAAUGAUGCCAUUAACUAUGGAAAUACUGAAAGCGCUAGAAAAAAUUUGGAUUCAGCUAGAUGUUGGAAUAUUGCUAAUGUAACGGCAUCAGUUAUUUGUUACUUUAUUAUAAUUAUUUCCGUUUUAUUUGUCAUUGGUAUUGUAGGUAGAAAAUAG